AUGGCUUCACGAGCGGACUCUCCAGCGGGAAACCUCACGCCGACGGUGACUCACCGGUUGCCGGAGGACCAAGAUCUCUUGGAAAGAAGUACAAAGAAAUCCAAAAGAGGACGAGACCAAUUGCUGACCACGCUGUUGUCACCAAAGGAUGCUUUGGGCCAAGAUUCCCCAACUGAAUCGAACCAAUGGAGAACCCCUUUGGUAUCUCCCAGCAACCCGUGGAAUCGCAGAAUUCCUGAUCGAGCACCAGUGGAAGAGAUUGAUUCCGAUGACGACAUGGAGGAGGACGGUGUGACUUUUGAUUACCCGGUCAUAAGGGUGACUAAGGAAGAGAAGGAGAGACUUAGGUGUCCCUGGCGUAGAUCGCUAAUCGUUAAGGUUCUUGGAAGAUCUGUGGGCUAUUCCUAUCUACUCCAGAGACUUCAGAGGAUGUGGAAAACGGAAGCUGCCUUUGAGCUAAUAGCCCUAAAUCAUGACUAUUUCUUGGUAAAGUUUGAAUCUCUUGCUGAUUACGAUGCUGUCAAGUUUGGGGGACCUUGGAUGGUUCUUGAUCACUAUCUUACUACACAACAAUGGAGACCAAAUUUUGACUCUAGAUCGGACAAAUUGGAGAAAAUUCUGGCUUGGAUAAGAUUCCCUUCACUCCCGAUCGAGUACUUCGAUGACGAUUUUCUCAAGAAGAUUGGAGAUGUGAUAGGGCGUCCAUUGAAGAUCGACAUCACAACAAGCAUAGCUUCGAUAGGUAAAUUCGCAAGAGUUUGUGUUGAAUUAGAUAUCACUAAACCGCUAUUGUCUAGGUUUGUCUUGAAUUGGACGGAGUGGCCGAUUGAAUAUGAGGGAAUCCACCAAAUCUGCUUCAAAUGUGGUAUCUAUGGUCAUCGCAUGGAUAUGUGUGGUAAGGAAAAAUCUGGAGCUGGUGAGGGUGACGAGCAGGAUGGAAGCAGACCAGCUACUCAGGGCAAUGAGUCCUCGCAACAACUCCCGAAGGAAAAAUAUGGAUCUUGGAUGCUGGUAACUAGAAGAGUAAGGAGAAAUUUGCCUAGGGCAGCCAAUGCUACGGGAAGAAGAAGCCAACAAGUGCCAAUUCCGCAAGUCCCUCCGCAUGCAAACGUAGCCUCAAAUUCCAGAUUUGGACCUCUGGAUGGUCUGGAGGAGGAAGCAGAGGCUUCUCAGCAGCACCCUCUCCCCAACCAGUCCGAAACCCCCCAGCAGGCGAACACUAACUUACCAAGGAUUAGGACAAAUUAUCGUGGCACUAGGCAACAUGUUGAGCAGAGGGAAUAA